CUCCUCUCGAGCUGUCACGCUGACAGCUCUGUGAUCAUCAGGGCACUGAUGAUCAGUGUAACCCCAGCAGUGCCACCUGUCAGUGUCCAUUAGUGCCAGCUGUCAGUGCUGAACAGUGCCAGUGCACAUCAAUGCCACAUAUCAGUGCCUACCAGUGCACAUCAAUGCCACAUAUGAGUGCCCAUCUGAGCUGCCUUUCAGUGUCACCCAUUAGUGCCAGUCAGUGCCACCUAUCAAUGCCAAUCAGUGCCACCUAUCAGUGCUGCCCAGCAGUGCCACCUAUCAGUGCCAGUCAGUGCCACCUAUCAGUGUGCAUCAGUGCUGCCUAUCAGUGCCACCUAACAGUGCCAGUCAGUGCCGCCUAUCAGUGCCGCCUAUCGGUGCUGCCUUUCAGUGCCCAUCAG